GCUUCUGGGUCCAGGAAGUCCAAAAUGGCGAUGGACGGGAUGAUGUCCACGUCUUCGGCUCUGUCUUACCACAAUGUCGGGGACUUUUACCCCCGAAAGUUCGGCCCGAAGCCGGACGUGGUGCCGUCCGGGGUGACGGAGCGGAAGGUGGUUCCGCUGGACAAACCGGACAUGGUGUCGGUGGACGUCAUCAACAUCAAGGAUGCAGAUGUCCCGAUGCACAGGAAGAAGCACGAACACGACACCUACGUCCUGGGAACCAUCCAUCCCUUCAGGAAGACGCACAGAUCCGUCUUUGGGAAACUUCUGCAGGAGUUCCGACUGGUGGCGUCAGACAGACGGUCGUGGAGGAUCCUGCUGUUCGGGGCGCUGAACCUGCUGUGUACCGGCUGUCUGCUGAUGUGGUGCAGCUCCACCAACAGCAUGGCCCUCACCGCCUACACAUACCUCACCAUCUUCGACCUGUUCAGUUUGAUCACCUGUCUCAUCAGCUCCUGGGUGACCAUGAAGAAACCCAGUCAGGUCUACUCCUUCGGGGCUGGCAGAGUUAAAAGUCUACACUUGUUCUCCUUUUCUGAACUUGUUAAUAUUAUGAUACUUUAGAAAAUCAUGCGAGAGAGUUUAAAAAGAGCAGACAAAGAGGCUGAAGUCGGCCGUCUGCUGGUCGGGACCUUCGUCGCUCUGUUCUUCAACCUGCUGACCUUACUGUCCGUCAGGAACAAACCCUUCGCCUACGUCUCAGAAGCGGCCAGCAGCAGUUGGCUUCAGGAGCACGUCGCAGAUCUGAGUCGAAGUCUGUGUGGCAUCAUUCCAGGCCUGAGCAGUGUGUUGCUGCCUCGUAUGAACCCGUUCGUCCUGAUCAACGUGGCCGGAGCUCUGUCGCUCUGCAUCACCUACAUGCUCAUAGAGAUCAAUAACUACAACGCGGUGGACACGGCGUCGGCCGUCGCCAUCGCCCUCAUGACCUUCGGCACCAUGUAUCCGAUGAGCGUCUACAGCGGCAAAGUUCUGCUGCAGACCACGCCCUCCCACGUCAUCGGCCAGCUGGACAAGCUGCUCCGAGAGGUGUCGACUCUGGACGGAGUGCUGGAGGUUCGCAACGAGCACUUCUGGACCGUUGGCUUCGGAUCUCUGGCCGGUUCUGCCCAUGUGCGGAUCCGCCGUGACGCCAACGAGCAGCUGGUUCUGGCCCACGUCACCAACCGGCUGCUGCCGCUCGUCUCCACGUUGACCGUCCAGAUCUUCAAAGACGACUGGACCCGGCCUCUCCUGACCGGCACCCUCACCGCCUCCCCGGCUGCUCCGGGUUCUGCUGACGGCUACUCCUCCCUGUCCUCCUCUCUGCCUCCUCUGCUGCUGUCCUCCGGGGCAGAACUCGACCCGCUGACCUCCACGCCGUCCAAACCCAGCAGCCCUCCACCGGAGUUCUCCUUCGACACGCCGGGCAGGAACGUGCAGCCGGUGGUUCUGCCGGCUCCGGGUCACCAGGCCCACAGGCCCUACGGAGGCCUGGGACUCGCCUACGGAGCGCCGCCCUACGCGGGGAUGCUGGGUCAGGGCCUGGCGCGGCCCGGUGCCGGCCUGGGACUGGGCGUUCAGGGGCUGGGGGCCGGGUUCGGACUGGGCGUGGCGGGGAGCUCGGUGCCUUCCUCUCAGAGUUACAGAACUGCCUUCAGCGGGUCGACAGCGCCGCUCCGCUUCGGAACCAGCAACCCUCUGGCUCCACAGUCACAGUACAGACAGUACCAACCCUGACCGGACCAGGACAGAACUGCUUCACUACUUUCACACACUUGAACAAAAACAUGAGCUGAUCCUGGGUUCAGAUGUUUGAAAGAUUGGGUCCAACGGCUGCAACGGUUCCUUUGUUCUGGACUCAGAUCCAUACGUCUGGUGUCAGAACACAGCUGUGGGGUUUACUGGGCUGCCAGCGGGACCAGGAUGGCGGGUUCUUCAUCUCUGGGUCUCUUUUGUUUAUGAGGAUCUGUGGAGGUCCAACCGUCAGAACGCUGUGGGCCCACAUCUGUUCACCUCCUUCUGCUCAUUCUGUGACAUGAAACGCUGCAAGAACACCAGAACCGUACCAAAUCCAACUGUUAGUUCUAAGCAUUAAAAACGGGUCAGAGAGAAACACCUGCAUCGGACAAGUGGACGAAGGAAAGGUUGAAAACUAGAAGGUUCCCAGAAGAUAGAAAUGUGCUGUCGUGGUUCUGCAGGGUCCAGUUGGACUGUCAGCGCUCAGUGGCCGCUUCAGAACCAAACUGAAAGUCUUUUACUUUUACUGUCUGUUUUUACGUCUGUCCAGAAUGAAAACGGUGUGAGUUUGUUACCCAUUAUUAUUGAUUAUUAAUGAUUAUUAUUGAUUAUUAUUGAUUGUUAUUGAUUAUUACUGGUUAUUAUUGAUUAUUAUUGAUUGUUAUUGAUUAUUAUUGAUUAUUGCUGGUUAUUAUUGAUUAUUAGGAAUUCUCUCUUUAGACAAGCAGCUCAGUCAGGAAGCUGCAGCUCAACCCUUCAGAGCUCAAGCUGAUCAUCAUCUGGGUUGUUUGUGGGUCUUGUGUUUAUUUGGUUUGUGGGACGUUAGAACCUUCAUCGACCGACCGGCCGUCUCUCUGACGCUCCUGAACAACGGAGCUGCAGCUUCAUUUAAAUCAGGGUUCAUGUGGGAUCACUUCUCUGGGAUUUGAAGCCAGAAUCAAGUGUUUUAUGUGUUAAAAUGACCUUAAAGGUGUUUUUCUUUAUUCUUUUUAAUUUGCGAGCGAGACAAGCAGUUAGUGAACAUUCAGGAGGACUGAUCUGGUCCACCUGCACAUCAGAAUCAGUUUGUGGUUCCAUGCUGGGUUGAGUUACUCUGAAACCAUCCCAUAGUUUUGACAUUUUCAGACAGGAGUUUGUCUAUUUUUGUUGGAAAAAAGAAAACGUAUAAAUGUUCUAAUGAGUCUCAUCGAACACCAGAGAUGAGCUCAGAGUUUCUUUCUGACUUGUUUUUUGGUUCUGGUUUGGAAAAUCUCACAGCUUUCAGUCAGACUGUGAUCCUUUGGUUUGAAGCUCCGUGUUCUGAGCUAAAGAAUCCCAGAAACAGCAGAACCCUAUCCCUGACACUCAGAACCGACGUGAGGUUCCUGUUCAGCUGUCCAGGAGCGUGAAGUCCAGGAGGCGGCGGUCCAGAGCAGAAGCCUUUCAGUUCCUUUUAGUUCAUUCAUCAGACUUGUUGCUGGUUCUGGACCUCCAGACCGACCCGUCCUCUCCUCCUUCUGUUUUAUUCCCCCUUUAAUGUUCUGUAUCAGGUGAAGACUGGACCUGUUCUGAUUUUUAUUCAUUAAACUUUGUGCUCUGCUGUGCGGCCGCGACGUCGACGAGCAGACGGAGACUCUUUAUUUUCUGUUUUAAAGAAGCUGUGGUCAUUAAAACAGGUCCUGGAAGCUGUUCUGCUCAU